UAGUGGGGUAAGGAAACGGGAAGCUCAAAGACACACGUUUACCAGUGCGUGAUUGCUCUGAAACCUAGAAAAGCGGAAUACCUGUACAUUUGAUACAAAGUAGAUUAGCUAUAUACUUGGGAUAUUUUUAUAUGUUCAUAUUUUAAUAUUCACCCUAGAUUAGUGGAUUGUUAAUCGGGACAAAAUGGGGUGCUGGUUUUCCAAAAAGUCCAAAAGAAAAUCACCCGAAAAAGAACCUCCGACAACUGUAGAAGAGACCACGAACAGCAGCAGCAACGCCAACAACGUCGCACUCAGCAGCAGUGCAACGGAAGAUCCACCCAAACAGUACAGCUGGGACAAACGUGACAAGGUUGAUCCAAAGGACUUCAUGCUGACAGGCCUGAAGGACGUUACAGUUGGCCGGCUGCCAGGCAAACUGAACGGACAGCAGUUUGUUAUCCAGGACUGUGAGGGCUGCAACAUCUUUGUGUUCGACCACUCAGCCACCAUCACCAUUGAUGACUGUACCAACUGCCGUGUGGUACUGGGACCGGUGAAGGGCAGCGUGUUCUUCAGGGACUGUAAGGAUAUCAAGUGUGUGGUGGCGUGUCAGCAGUUCAGAACCAGGGACUGUAAGAAGAUGGAGGUGUUCCUGUGUUGCGCCACUCAGCCCAUCAUCGAGUCGUCCACAGGGAUGAAGUUCGGCUGCUACCAGUAUUACUACCCAGAGCUGGCCUUCCACUUCAAGGACGCAGGCCUCAGUAUUUUCAACAACAACUGGAGCAACGUCCAUGACUUUACGCCGGUCUCAGGGGAGACCAACUGGAGCUUACUUCCGGAGGACACAGCGGUGUUGGACCAUGUCCCAUCCCCUGACCUUGAGUCAGAGUUUAAAUCGGUCCGAGUCUCAGCAGAGGCCUCCCGCAGUAUUGUUCCCUUGACCAAGGGUGGCAGACGCAAGGACAGUGAGGAAUCCUGCCUGUUUGUGUUUUUUGCUGGGGACUACACCACUGCUAAUGCUCGGAAACUCAUAGAUGAGGCCAUUGGGAGAGGAUUUGUGCUGAUCCAGACCAAGGAAGUGACCAUGCGCCCCGAGGAUGUCAGCCGAGUUUUCCAGAACAAUGCAGAAGGACUCACAGAGUGGAUCACCAAGGGCCCAGUCACGGCCCUGGAGCUGAACGGAGAAGGUGUGGUGGAGGCCUGCAAGGGCAUCGCCAGCGAAAUGUUCAGUGCAGCCAAGGUUUUUGUUUCAGACAGCAAAAGUACUUCCUCCCGGGAUGUGGACAACUUCUUCAACUUUGCAGACAUGCAGAUGGGGUUGUGAUUGAAUCAGUGAAAUAUUAUCUAAACAAAUCGCACCACUGAUUCACCACUGAUUCAUUUAAUAUGUUUUAACUUUAGCAUUGGCAGUAUUGAGACAUGCUGUAUCAGGUAGGAGAGGUUAAUGAACAAAUUAACUAGAGGUCAUCAGUCACUCUUUGAGAACCACUAUAUACAUUAAAUCACGGUUGUAUUAAAUGUGGUACUUGGGCCCUAAGGCUGGGUAUACAUGAUUGAUUA